AUGGAAGUUGAUGAAAAUAUUCAACAACAAUGGAUUGGUAUAAGUGGAGGUGGAGGACUUGAAAUGACUACAACAACAACACAAAUUAAAUACCCUGCUAAUUAUAUUGUUAUUUUAAUGGAAUCACUCAUGUCUAUUCUCCAUUUUUCAAUGGUUGAUAGUUCUACUUCCACUCCAUUCUGGCCACCACAACGUCUCUUUAACAAUAAUAUUCCAACUACAAGUAACAACUUUUCUCAAUCACAACAACAAUUAAUUAAUAAUUUAAAAUCUAUGGCAGCACUUUCUUCUACUCAAAAAAAUAUUGGUACAGGUCCUUCUUCUAUUCAACCAACUCAAAAUAUUGGAGGAACAACAGCAACAAAUACACCCUCUCUAGCAACAACAACCACAACAACAACAUCAUCAUUUUCGUCUUCUAAUAUGACAAGUAUGGUUGGGUCAGCAAUUUCUGUUAUUCCUGGAACUGGUUUAAUAAAUAAUUUGUUUGGAAGGGUGUUUACAUCAACUGAUAGUUCGAAUUCUUCAAACGGGAAAAACGACAAUAUAGGCAAAACUUCUGAAUGGUUAGAAGCACAAAAAGAAAUGAUUAAACGUCUUCCGGGUGUAUUAGCCAUACUUUCUGAUAUAUGGACAUUUGUAGUUUCUUCAAUUAAUGAAAAUAAUAAACAAUUACAACAACAACAAAAACAUCAAAAAUCAGAAAAUAAACAAAAACAACAAUCUCAACAGUCUUCGUUUGAUACUUUUAGGGUAUGGACUUUUUUUUAA